UUGGUGCAGAGCGAGAGAGAGAUGGAGACGGUAGCGGUGGUCGAGAACGGGCCGGCGACUGGGGACGUGGUGGGCGUGGGGAAGAUCAAGAAGAACCGCAUUCAGGUCUCCACCAACAAGAAGCCGCUCUUCUUCUACGUCAAUCUCGCCAAGAGGUACAUGCAGCAGUACAAUGAGAUUGAGCUCUCUGCGCUGGGCAUGGCUAUUGGCACGGUCGUCACAGUCGCUGAGAUCCUGAAGAACAAUGGACUUGCUACCGAGAAGAAGAUCUUAACCUCCACGGUCGGCACCAAAGAUGAGGCCAAGGGCCGCCUGGUUCGGAAGGCCAAGAUUGAGAUACUGAUGGGGAAGAAGAACUCAGAUGACCAUGACUCUGCCGACAAAGAAGCGGCUCAUGAGGCAACCGAAGCGGAUGCGAAGAAGUGAUGCGGGAGGGAUUCGAUUCCUCUCUUGGUAGUAGUAGCUGUUAUGUAAAUAGCAUGAGUCAGUGAUUCAGUGUUUUCCUCCGACCAGUAGUUUGU